CCUCUUUUAGGAAGUGGUUUGCACUCAGAGCAUGCGUACAGGCAGUAUUUUCAGUUUUUCCACUCCUGUCUGUCAUCUAAAAACUUCCAAGGAAUUUUAGUUGAAGUUUUCAGGAUGAAAGCAGUCUAAACAAUGUGAAGAAGAGGAUAUAAAUCGGUCUUAUUGUGUGUUGGAUUACGACUACAGAGAUGAGUUUGCCUCGACCUUCGGGGUUAAAGGCCCCCACCAAAAUUGGGCGGCCCACCGGGCUUCCCCAGCCCCGAUCGGCAGGUACAGGUAUCCCCACCCCCGGGUCUGUGCACAAAGCCCAAAGUGCUAUAGCUAAGAGUGCCAGGGCUGCAGGUAUUAGUGCCAAUCUAGCAGAAAAAUAUGCCGCCGAGAUGGUCCAAAAACUCCCAGGUCCCGAGGGUCUCCCCCCUCCACCCCCUGCCGAUGACUUCAUCAUUGGAGACAGGGUAUGGGUCAGUGGUACAAAACCAGGCCACAUAGCCUACAUAGGCGAGACACAGUUUGCUGCCGGAGAAUGGGCCGGAGUUGUGUUGGACAAUCCGGAGGGAAAAAAUGACGGAUCAGUGCAAGGUGUCAGAUACUUUCAGUGCGAGCCAAAGAGAGGUGUGUUUUCACGGAUUUCAAAACUCUCCAGAACUCCUGGUUUAACCUCAGUGACCCCAAAACCAGAUGACUGUGUGUCCGAGUCUGGGGGAUCCACCAGUGUGAAGGCAAAUGGGACAAGUCAUCUACCGUCUAGUUUGCGACCAACGACCCCCAAGCCAAUUGCAAAUUCACGGGCAUUGUCAACCUCCUCGACAAGUUUGAACAAGGCUGGAGUGGCAUCGAUUCCUGCUUCAAAGAAACCUGCACUGAAGAUCGGGGACCGAGUUCUUGUGAGCGGAACUAAGACUGGGACUCUCAAGUAUAUUGGAGCGACAGACUUUGCCAAAGGGGACUGGGCUGGAGUGGAACUGGAUGAAAAGCAGGGGAAGAAUGAUGGAGCUGUGUCAGGAAAAAGAUAUUUUGAAUGUCGCCCCAUGUUCGGAUUAUUUGCCCCCAUCCACAAAGUCACACGGCUGACAUCCGGCAAUGUUACCAACAGCAUGUCUGCGUCCACACCCAGCCCGCAGUCACGGACCUUAAUGAACACGAGUCUGAGGAUGUCUCGCGAGCGUAGCGGCAGUCAGGACUCGGUCAGCUCAAUCAGCUCAACGGCUUCGAGUGUGUCCCGAAGUCGGGUAAGACUCGGCGUCAACUCACUCAGCAGUAACCAGCUUCCAUUGCUGCAGGCUCGUAAACAGCAGUUAUCACCAUCAAAGGCUGCUCAGGCCAAAACCAGUCAGCGACCUAGUUCUCUAAACCUGACCGCCACCACUCAGGCCCUCCAGAAAGCACUGAAGGAGAAAGAGGAGCACAUAGAACAGCUGCUGAAGGAGCGCGACCUUGAGAGGGCAGAGGUCGCCCGGGCCGCCGCCCAGGUCGAUGAGGCUGAAGGACAGCUAGCCAAUAUGAGGAGCGAGCAGGACAGAUUCCGUGAUGACACGGAGGAAGCCACCGCCAGACUGAGGAGUCGAGUUGAGGAGCUGGAGAAGGAGAGGAGUGACCUCAACUGUAAACUUGAGGAUGAGCGCAGAAAAGUGGAGGAUCUACAAUUUCAGAUUGAAGAAGAGGCCAUUUCUAAAGAUGACUUAGAAUCUCAGACAGAGGUGGAUGAAGAAAAGUUAAGAAGUCUGGAGAAAGACCUGAAAAAGGAAAAGGAAAGGGCAGAUAAAAGUGAACAAGAGUAUUUCACCUUAAAGGCAAUGCUGAAAGACUCGACAGAUAGAUUGACCUCCACAGAGGAUACGAACAUGUCUUACCUUGACCAGAUAGAGGAGCUGACGCAUAAGCUCUCACAGGCAGAAUCUAAAGUCAAGAGUUUUGAAUCCUCACGACUAGAGGAGGGAGCCAAGGCAAGUCAAGUUAGCAUAGAGCUGAUGGAAAAGUCCAAUCGUCUUGUGGAACUAGAAGAUAUUCUCUCUACUCGUGAUAAAGAAAUCAAAGAACUUCACUCUAAACUGCAUGAAGUGGUGUUAUGUCUCGAAACUCAGCGUGAUGAAUUAAGUGCCAAUCAAGGGAAAAAACAAAAGAUGCAAGAAACUAUAAAUAACUUAACUACUCAAUUAUCAGGGAGAGAUGAAGCUUCCAACCAACUCAAUUCAGAGUUACAGAAUCUGAAGUCCCAGUUAGCGGAAUUACAAAGAAAGUUAGAUGCUAGUCAGGAACAGAACGACCAAAUCACAGAGGAGAAAAUGAAAUUGGAGCACCAAAUGAGUGAAAUGAUGAAAAACUCGGGGGAUAGCUCAAACAGGCUAUCUAUGCUCAACGAUCAAGUGCAGGAAAAGAAUAGAAAAAUUCAGGAUCUACAAGCCGCCUUGUCAAAUUCUACUCAACAAUUGGGAAAACUUAACGACGAAAUUGAGAAUCUUAAAGGGGAGACAAUUAGGGAAAGGGAAAAUAUUGUAUCUAAAUAUGAAGAAUCAGCUAAAACACAGAAUAGUCAAAUAGAGGAUUUACAAAAGGAAUUAUCAAAAGCAAAGUCUAAGAUGCAGAAAAUGUCAGAGGACCACAAAAAGGACAAUGAGGAUGCCCUAUCGCGUAAAAUCAAGGAGAUCGAGGAGCUGAAGAAACAGCUACAGGAGAGCAUCGAGGAACAGGAGAGGCAGGCCGUACAGACACAGGCCCAUAAACAGGUGCUGGAGAAGAUCACCAUGGAAAAGGAGGCUCUACAGUUUGAAAAAGAGAAGACGGAGAAACAGGUGAAGCGACUGGAGUCAGAGCGAGACUCGGCCAACACGGAACUGAUCCAAGCCAGGGUGGAGGUAUCCAAGGCGCAGUCGGAGAGGGAGAAGUUCACGGCCGACCUCAGCGCUCUGGAAGAGAGGCUGCAGGACCUGGGGGAGGAAGUGGAAAAGGCAAACAAAGCUAGAAACCAGACUCAAAAAGAAUUAGAUGAAGUAGUGGCAGAGAAAUCUAAAGUUAUCCAAGAAAAAGAGCGAUUACAUGAUGAUGCCAUUACAACCAAGGCUUCUCUACAACAGAAAGACAUGCACAUUGAAGAGCUACAAAAAGAGGUUGAGAGAAUGAAGGGAGAAAUAAGCACACAUCAAGAGACUCUUGCUGAAGUGUCACAGAAGGAGUCUGCAUCUGAAGCUUUCCAACAGCGUCUAGAGGAGAGUCAGAAAGCCUUCGCUGAUCUGCAGAAGUCGUACACAGAGAUGGAGGCAGAGAGGGAUUCCAUGAAGGCUCAGCUCACCUUUGCCAACUUGGUGACUGAGGAAAGAACAAGGCUGGAAGACCAGAACCAGAAACUAAACAGAGAAGUGGAGGACAUGCAGACCAGACACAGUCAAGAGUUGGAUGAGCUACAGAAUGCUAACACAUCACUACAGAGUCAGCUAGAUAACAAGUCCCAACUCUUACAGCAGAAGGCCAGCGAACUGGACCAACAGAAAAAACAGAUUUCUAAUCUACAAAAUGAGAAUUCUUCCUUGGAAGAGUACAGGACAAAAGUCCAGAAAAUGGAGAAUGAGAAGUCGGAGUUCCUGGAGAAGAUCAGCAGGCUGGAGAAUUCUCUGAAGGAGGCCAAGACGAAUGCCUCCAACAUCGCCAGUAAUGAAGCUGGUAACCAAGCAACCUCCAAGGUAACUGAGGAGAGGGACGCUGCCUUAGGUCAGGUGGAGUUUUUGAAUUCCGUCAUCGUUGAUCUGCAAAAGAAAAACAAUGAAUUUAAGACUCGCCUGGAGAUUAUGGAGUCAGGAGUCGUUACUAAUGGAGACGGUGAUAGCUCCAUGGAAUCUGAAGCCCCUAAGUCCCGCGCCCCUCCUCGUCUGUUCUGUGAUAUUUGUGAUGUGUUUGAUCAGCACGAUACUGACGACUGCCCUCUACAAGCCAUGGACUAUGAAGAUGGCGACGCCCCCUCCCCCACCCAUUACCAUGGCGACAGGAAAGCCUCCCGUCCAUACUGUGAUAUCUGUGAAGUGUUUGGCCAUUGGACCGACGAAUGCGAUGAUGAACAGACAUUUUAAACCUGGAUUGCUGACUCCACUAACAGUUCUGGCAGCUCCAUAUAAAACACUCUCACACUCCCGCAUGAUCCACUCCUGAUACAGUCACUUAGAUCACAACAUGCAUAAACAGGAUCCAAAAAUUAUGUCAAAAAAUGAUGCUGAAAAAAUCUAUUCCGAGACUUCAGAAUAUGACUGAAAAUUAUAUCAGAAAUUGCAACCAUAGGAUUUAUUUGGGGAUUUAUUGAUAUGAUAUACAGAAUAAUAUUGGAAAGGACAUUCUAUCAUGUUUUGUAGUUGGAAAUUUAAUUGCUGAAUAUGUGGUAACAGAGAUGAACAUUGAACAACACAUUGUCAGGAAUCUUGGUGUGAUGAAUAGAUAGACUGUAGAGCAAGUUUGACACAGAAUUUAGAAAGUAGACUGAUCUUAGAAAUGUUAUGAUGUGUUGGUUGUACAUGUACAUGUAAAAUCCAAGCAUUGAUCACUUGCGAAUCAUGGCACCGUUGUUGAGAAAUGUGUAUGGUAUUGGGUCUUUGGUUUGAUGUAGAGCAGCGCUGUUUAAGAAUUGAAAACUCUCCUUGUAAGUUGUGAAGCAAUAUUGAAGACAGCGGUUAGGCUCAGAAAAGUGCUUUAAGUCGAGAGCUAUGUGUCCGUAAGAUGCUAUAGAAAAUGAAAAGAAGAUGCUAGAUUUAAUGUGAUAAUGUAUAAUAAUCCCAAUUCCUAACACUGACAUGGAGUGCUAUAUGCUGGGAUUUGGGAUUUUAAUAGAGAUCACAUUUUGUGCUGGGAUUCUGUUCCAACAAUUAACACACAACUUGUAGAAUUGAGAUUAACUAUUAUGUUAACAAAGUAGAAUUGUCUCUGAUGGUCCUCUGUUUCGAUACUGCUGCUUUUCAUGGCAGUUGGGCAUAUUCUGUUUUGUGCGACGAUUUGCAUUUGAUGAUUCCUUUUGUCAUCCCAUAGAUUAGAUAAAACAAAAAAAAAAAGAUUAUUUUUGUAUACUAUGGUAAUCUAGUUCAUAUUAUGCCAGUAAUGAUUUUAGCUGUGGUUAAUCUCAAAUAGGAUUGAAAUUUUUGAAGAGGUGUGUAUCAAGUCAGUAGUCACAAAAUUAACCAGUUUGUAUUUAUGUCAUAGUUUGAGUGUGGCUCACCCUUUUAGUCUAUUACCUCCCUUUUGUCUCCCACCCCCCUUCUUCCCUCUUUCAGAAAAGUUCUGACAACUGUCAAGCAAAUUAUAUUAUUCUGAAUACAGGGACUAAUGAUGUAAUUAUGUUUAUGGGGAAAACAUUACAAUUGCACAAAUUUUACAGCAAAUUUUCAUGUCCUGUAUUUCACAAAUGAACUAUGGUGCUUGACUUUUGUUCAAUGAGAAUAAAAUAUAUAAUGAUGGGGAUUGAGUAGCUAGCUGGUAGUUUCAUUAAUUAUGCUGCUUCAUGCAAUUGGGAAUAAUGUUAGGUGUUAAAUGUACUUGAAACUAUUCUGGAAUUUAAUUUUGAUGGAAAAUGCUUAUAAAAAUCGUGCUAUGAUAGCUGAAGUUUUUAAGUUAAUUUCUUUCUAGUUUCUUGCAACUUUUUGUUUCGUAAUUUUAGGAUAUCUCAGGGAUAUAGAUAUCUACAUGUACUAUUUAUUUAUGAUUAAUGAUUAUAUGUUAAUUAUAUAUAUAAAUGAAGAGAUAUGAAUAAAAUCACAACCCCAACUUUCCAAGCUCCCCUAUUAAAUUUAUGUCUUUUCUUCAAGUUAAUAUUGAUAAAUCUGUAUUGCAUACUUUAACAGUUUGACCGAGAAAUUAGAUUUUAAUUCAAAGGUAGUAUUUUUAGCUGGUUUAAUAUUUGCUUGUUUUUGCUGAGAUACUAGCCAUUUAUUAAUGAUAAAAAAAAUGAAGCAUUCCAUCUAGAUAGACAUUUUCUCAUUGAUGCUGUAUGCUGGUGAAUGCUGGUUUGUGAAUGCUUUUCAUCUCUCAUUGAACCAUUAACAACCAUAAUGUACACAGUUUUGUGAGAAUAUGUCUGUAUUUCACAUGUAUAUGUUGUAAGUUAUUUCUUCUUUUUUUUAAAGUGUACAUAUUGAUUGACAAAGCUUUUUGUUAAUGUUAUUAUAUUAAAAAUGUAAUAUACAUGUAUUCGCCUCUAGGAUUUUCUCUCUAUUAAUAAAAAACAAUAAAAUGGGUACAUGUAUGAAA